AUGGCGUCCAUGGACGAGUACGAACGUGCCCAGACGCAGGCCAUGGAGCUUUUGAUCCAGCAGUGUAUCACCACACAAGAUGACUCUCUAUCCUUUCCUUCAAGUGACGCAAACAAACGUGACAGUGCGGCAGCGAACGCGACGAUAUUGGACUUUUUAGCACAGACGUGUGCGGAUGCCAACGCUGCGGUACAGGAGCUCAGUGUCGAAGAAGUAGCAACUGGAUUGGCUCGUGCUGUGUGUGCCACACAAGAAAGUCUUUGUAGUAUGAAGCAGAACGUCAGUGCGAUCCUACAAGACCCUGAGCAGAUCCGGGAACUUUGUUAUCAUGUGAAGCAGGCAGAUACUAAAGUCCUGGAGGCGCUACAAAAGUCCUCAGCUCUAUUGGAAGAUGAACAGCAGUAUCAGAAUGAUGGUAGCAAGAAUGAUGGUACUGUGAUAGUGUCUCGAGAUGGUGAUGCAGCGGUGCUGAUUGUCCCGCCCAAUGAAGAAAACGUGCGUAACAUGAUGGUGUUUGCUGAAGGAAUGUGUACGACGAUGGAUCAUGCACUGAACACAAUUACAAAGGACGAGCUGGCUUUGGCAGCGCAGUUGUCGCUGAAUAUUGCACAGAAACUGCUGAAUGCAGGACAGUCGUUGUUUACGUCGCUGGGCGAUGAUGAGCGCAGAAAAGUGCGAGCUGGAGAUCGUGAUGGUCGGAUUACGAUUGAAGAGCUUGAAGAAAAUGAAGAGGAAGAUGGAGGAUCGGGACGGGAUGGACGAGUGGAUGGCGAAAAUAGCAGUCAGUUGAAGCGAGCAGCAGUAAUGAGGACGUACGUGACGGAUCUGUAUAAUCGGACGCGCAAAGAAGCGGUAGAGCAUCCGUUCCUAGCAGGAUCACUUGUUGCAGCUGGAGUGCCGUUUAUUGGUUUAGCGAUUCCUGUGGCAAGCGUGGUCGCACUGGCACUAAUGAUAGAAAAGUAUUAUCCCGAGCAUGCAAAGUUGGUGCUGGAGCUCUGUUCAAACUUCAUUCAGAUGUCGAAGCUGUGGUUUCUUCUGCUGAAGAUUGGGGCACGCCAGGUGAGCUUUGUGGCUAAGGAAUGCUUCAACUCUUGGUACGAGUAUGCGUUGGUGAAUGGUUUCGUAGCGACGGGUCUGGAGUUGACGUCGACGGGGUGCAGUCUAGGCUACCUCGGCGUUUCCUAUCUUUACCAGAUGGCCAUUCGUUUCACCAAACAAGUUCUUCAGUAG